CCAGCGACUUCAGGGGCAUCUUUAGGAGUCAGCACUAUGGCAGAAGACAUCAAGACCAAAAUCAAGAACUACCAGACUGCUCCUUUUGAUAGCCGCUUCCCCAACCAGAACCAGACCAGGAACUGCUGGCAGAACUACCUGGACUUCCACCGCUGUGAGAAGGCAAUGACCGCUAAAGGGGGUGAUGUCUCCGUGUGCGAAUGGUACUGGCGUGUGUACAAGUCCCUCUGCCCCAUAUCCUGGGUGUCAGCUUGGGACGACCGCCAGGCAGAAGGCACGUUUCCUGGGAAGAUCUGAACUGGCUCCAUCCCACCUCCUGUCCUCCGUCCUUCUCCCCAGGGUGGUGAAGGGGGACCUAGGUACAUGGUGAUCCCCACCCUGGGAUCCUGAAUCAUGGUUUAACUAAUAAUAAAUGCUCGUUGGAAACAUGAAA